AUGCUCGAUAGACUUCCAACCGAUGUUUUAUAUGAUAUUUUAAACCUAAUCGACAGUACUUCCUUGAUCCGUCUUUCGCUUGUAUCCAAAUAUUUUAAUUGUAUAACAAACGACGAACUCAUUUGGAAGAAAUUAUGCGCUCAGGAAUUUAAUAUCUCUCAAGAUAAUGCGUUUCGAAACAAGGGCUGGAAAAAAUUUUAUCAAGGACUCAAACACCAUGCUAAAGUGUUCACUUGGGGAGAGAACUUUGAUGAUCGCUUGGGAUUAGGUGAUAAAUCGCCUGCUAUUGUUGCUGAUACGGGUUUCAUACCUGCCAAUCCUCGACUUAGAAUGCCUAGAUUCACAGCAAGAUACCCCAACCAAGUGACAGUACCUCAGGAGGUGGCUUCUUUAAAGGAUAAGCAUAUCAUUGAUAUCACGUCAGGAGGCUGGUCUAUUCAUGCACUACAAACAACUGGAUCAGUGUAUAUGUGGGGAACGAUGCAACAGGACAUCUCGCCCAGAAGCUCUGUUGGCACAAGAAGACUGCGUCUACCUACACUGCUGCAAGACACCAACGAGACCCAACAAAAGGUUCAGUUUCAUAGCAUUUCUAGUGGUAGAGGUCAUGUUAUCGGACUAGCAAUAGACGGAUCCGUUUGGCAUUGGUCUAACCAUAUUAUGCUGCAACGAGUCGAUUUGAGCACAGAUGACAAAGUCGUACAGGUAGCUGCAAAUUGGAACUACUCCAGCGUCUUGACCAGCACAGGCAAUCUCUACAUUAUACCAAAGCCUGAUUUGAUCAUUCCAUCACAAGUAACCACGGAACCUCAACCCACACACAUUGUAUCCAGUGGCGUCUCGAUUGCUCAAUUACUGCCAGGUCACACAGACAAGAUUAUUCAGAUUGCAGGAUUGGAUGGCUUCACAUUAGCGUUGACAGAGUUUGGCCGUGUACUCAAGAUUGCAACAUUGGAUCAAAAUGCGCUCAACAACCGACCUAUGCAAUGCGUUGUGGAAUUAACGCAUUUUAGCAGCACAGAAAAUGAACAUAACAGUCGUCAAGGUGCAAUGCGUAGAUUCCUCACAGGUGCAUUUAAUAACUUUGCUGUGUAUACCAAGGAGAAGGUAAUGCUAGGCAAUGUGGAUGCCACUGGCAACACUGAACCCACCCGGUUCGCUGAAUUGGACAAUCAUGAUGUAUGCAAAGUGUCUUUUGGAGACUACCACUAUGGUGCAUUGACAAGUCAAGGCAAGCUAUUAACUUGGGGUAAUUAUAGUUCUGGAGCAUUGGGACAUGGAAACAUUUCGCAUGAAAAUCAUCCAACUCCAAAGUAUGUCGAGAGUUUGGCUGAUAAGUUUAUAUUUGCAAUUGGAUUUGGUGGAUGGCAGAGUUCCGUAUUAGCAAUUGAUAGAGUAGAUGAUGAAGAUGACGAUGAGAAUGGUGGUAUAAAUGAAUAA